GAAUUUCAGGGUUUGUUAAAAUGGUUCUGUUUUACUGCAUUGGUAGGCACUAUUCCUUAUUCUGGUCUUACCAUUUAUUUUUCCAGACUUUCACUGGGAUAUGAUGAAUUGUCACCAAUAUGCUCUUCCAUUCUUUUGAUAGAAUAGGAAAAAAGGUUGAUAUCAGUGUUCAUAAAGUUGGUUUUCUUGCUUCUUCAAAACCAGUGAUAAAAUGUUCAGAUCUUCCAGUCUUAGCUGGUUUUCCCUGCAUCUGUUUACAGGUUUAUUUAUUCAGUUUUGUCGAUUGAACCCUAGAUACAAAAGCAUUUCUUUAAUGCAUCUGCAUAGUUUCUUGUUGAAUAUGUUACUCAGAAAUAGCUAUUGGCCUGUAUCUAAAAGUCUGCGACCCUUUUGUCCAGGGUUUAGUUUUUCCCAUAAACAAAACUGACUUUUCAAAAUAGGCUCACAGCCUUCUGGGUCAGUCUCCACUGCCUUAUACAGGCUGUGGCAUCUGGGUGGUCUGUGAGCUUCCAGGUGGCAUGGUUGGAGCUGCUGGGAUUCAAGAAACUGGUGGCUGACACAUUUCAGCAGUCUUGUGGAACUCCAGCUCUAACCUCUGUAAACCAGCAGCUGUUCUAUAACUACUGCUGCUCACUUUGGAGGAUAACUGCCUGUCUUUGGAUAUUCCUGGUAUGCCAUGAUGAUAUAUAUAUAUAUAUAUGUGUAUUUAUUGAUGGUCUUGCAACUGGAUAAUCCUUGAUGAUUCUUUCUUUGGAAACUGCCAUUUUCGAAUGAAGUGGAUCUUGGCAGGAAGCUGAGCUGUGUAUGGAUGAAUUUCUUUGCUUAAGGAACUUUGUGUGCUGGGAUAGUAUUUUUAGUCUUGCAGAAAGUAAUAAGGGUUGGCUGGUGAAGAAAGAAAUGGCUGGUUACUUUGGAUGACCACCUACAAUAUGUAAUCUUCCCCUUUGCUAAGCAGAGUUGCAUUGAUAGCAUAUUAAUAUAUUAACUGUACUUAAAAUAGAGAAGCAUCCAUUCCCUCUGGGGUAUGCUGCACCUGAUUCUGUCAGUCAGGAGCAAGUAAAAUGGAUGUUGUCAGACCACUUUGAGAAGCUCCGUGUGCUGAUACAUUGGAAGAUGGGGAAGAAAAGCCGAGUAAAAACUCAGAAGUCAGGUACAGGAGCCACAGCGACGGUAUCUCCAAAGGAAAUGUUGAAUCUAAUUAGUGAGUUAUUGCAAAAAUGCAGCAGUCCUCCCCCAGGUCCUGGUAAGGAAUGGGAAGAAUAUGUUCAGAUCCGUUCGCUUGUGGAGAAAAUCCGCAAAAAGCAGAAAGGUUUGUCUGUUGUCUUUGAUGGAAAAAGAGAUGACUAUUUCCCUGAAUUGAUUAAGUGGGCUACUGAAAAUGGAGCAUCCACAGAGGGUUUUGAAAUAGCUAACUUUGAAGAGGAGGGAUUUGGUUUGAAAGCAACAAGAGAGAUAAAGGCUGAAGAAUUGUUUCUGUGGGUUCCUAGAAAACUGUUGAUGACGGUUGAGUCAGCUAAAAAUUCAGUCUUAGGAUCUCUGUAUUCUCAAGAUCGAAUUCUUCAAGCCAUGGGCAAUAUAACAUUGGCAUUCCAUCUCCUUUGCGAGCGAGCCAACCCCAACUCUUUCUGGCUGCCCUACAUCCAGACUCUCCCCAGUGAAUACGAUACUCCUCUCUAUUUUGAAGAAGAUGAAGUACAGUAUCUCCAAUCAACUCAGGCCAUACAUGAUGUUUUUAGCCAAUAUAAAAAUACAGCUCGACAGUAUGCCUAUUUCUACAAAGUUAUUCAGACCCAUCCUAAUGCCAGCAAACUGCCCUUAAAGGAUUCUUUCACUUAUGACGACUACAGAUGGGCAGUUUCCUCUGUUAUGACACGGCAGAACCAGAUUCCAACAGAAGAUGGUUCCAGAGUUACACUGGCUCUAAUACCUUUAUGGGACAUGUGUAAUCAUACUAAUGGACUGAUCACUACAGGCUACAAUUUGGAAGAUGACCGGUGUGAAUGUGUAGCACUUCAAGAUUUCAAGGCUGGAGAACAGAUUUACAUUUUUUAUGGCACUCGGUCAAACGCUGAAUUUGUGAUCCACAGUGGUUUUUUCUUUGAUAAUAAUUCACAUGACAGAGUGAAAAUAAAGCUUGGCGUGAGUAAAAGUGACAGGCUGUAUGCUAUGAAGGCAGAGGUCUUAGCUCGUGCUGGUAUCCCAACUUCAAGUGUUUUUGCCUUGCACUCCACUGAGCCUGCAAUCUCUGCCCAGCUUUUGGCUUUCCUUCGAGUGUUUUGCAUGAGUGAAGAAGAGCUGAAGGAGCACUUGAUAGGUGAGCAUGCGAUUGGCAAAAUCUUCACUCUGGGGAACUCUGACUUUCCUGUUAGCUGGGACAAUGAAGUUAAACUUUGGACAUUCCUGGAAGCCAGAGCAUCCCUUCUUUUGAAAACCUACAAAACAACUGUGGAGGUCGAUAAGUCCUUCCUGGAGACUCAUGACCUCACUCCACAUGCGAUAAUGGCCAUCAAACUGCGCUUAGGUGAAAAAGAGAUCCUGGAGAAGGCAGUGAAGAGCGCAGCUGCCAGCAGAGAGUACUACAGCAAACAAAUGGCAGACGGAGCUCCGCUUCCCAAGUAUGACAAGGGCCAUAUUGCCUUGUUGGAGAACACUGUGGCAGACUCUAGACUCCCUAUUGUCUUGAGAAACCUAGAAGAUGUGGAAGAGCAAGGGGACUUAAAGAUUGAUGAAGCCAUUGAUGCUGAAGUCACAGAGAAUGGGUUUGUAAAUGGUGAAAACUCUUUAUUUAAUGGGACCAAAUCAGAAAGUGAAAAUCUUAGUAAAGAGAAAAGCAACAGAGGGACUGAAGAUGCCAAAGAAUCUUCUUCAGAAAGUACUGAUGAGGUUAAAGAAUAGUCCUAAAACUUUACUUUCUUGUGAAAUUAAACUAGCUGAAGUUUAUCAACAGUGCAUUUAUGUUGGUGUGUUCCUUUGUUAACAUUUCUCUUUCUGCAGAGAAAAAUGGUUUUGCUGCUUUAUAUAAAAAUGAAUUUUUAAGUUAUUUAAAAGAUUUAGCAUCCCUUUUCAAUUAAGAUUGCCAUCUUGCUUUCAGGCAAAAACUGGGGAAAGAGGUGCCUUUGGAAGAUUUUGCAGCCCUUUGUUGAACCAAAUGUAUUUUCUUCCUGGGGAAGAAUUCAGCUCUUCUAUCUGCUGUGCGUUUGUUGUUCUGUCACUCUGACUACCGAAAUUAAAAGCUUGCUCUGCCUCCUGCCAAGAAAAGCAGAAGGCAGGACUGACUCGGUAUUCAGCAUGAAGGUAGGGGAGCAGUACAGCAGAAAACUGAAUGAGAGGAUCAGAAACUUGGGAGACUGGAGGAAAACCUGUUUAAAAUCAGGUGUGCCAGUCCAGAAAAAGGUAAGGUGGCAACCUUAUGAUUGGUGGUUUUAAAUGUCAAUGAGAAUCCAAAUUGUAUACACUUAAAGCGAUCUCUGAAGAUUUCAUUUUACUUUGUCUUUUGUUUACUGUAUAAAAUAUCUUUCUUCUUCAGUCGGAGUUAGGCUGCUAAAAUACAACAUUCAUGAACUUUUAAAGGCUGACUACUUUUUAUUUCCAGGCAGUAGUUUUUAUUUACAAUGUUGGCAGAGCUACUGGAGAUUUUGCAAGCAGAUAGGCCAAGCCACAGCUUUAAACUGAUCAAAGUGAGGUCACUUCCCAGCUUCUUCAGAUUUUCACAAUGAGCUAGAGAUUUUCAAAGCUACACUUUUGACUAAAUCAUUAUUAAAAGGAAAAUAUUAAUAAUGUUCUUGUCUGCUACUCCUUCAUUUCUGUGUUGUUGAAUGUAACAUUGAAUUCACAUGGUUACCUGAUCUUACUCGACUUUGUCUUUUUGUUACGAUAUUAAUUGAUCCUGCUUCCUCAAUGGAAAUGGCAAACAGGUUUAUGUAAUUUUGGCCCAAGUCCAAACCACAGCCAGGUCUGCAGUGGUUUUUGCCAUUUAGAUUAUGUCUUCAUCUGAUGCACAUUUCUUGCAAUACCUCCACAAAUUAAGCAGGUCUACUGUCACUAGUGUCACCAGCAGUUUUGGUCACUAUCAUAGUACGUGUUUGAACUUCUAGGUGGAAACCAUACAGUCCUAGCACUGUGCAAUAUCAGAACAAGGGUAGUUCCAUGGCUUGACUUUGAAAUUACCAGCGUAUUAGGAGAGAGGAGGGCAGAAUAUUUUUAUUUUGUGGAUCAGUUCAGGGGAGUAUAAAGUGGUUUAAAUCAGUUCUCAAUAUUAAGGACUUUGUCUUUUGCUUUUGUAUCCUUAAGUUCAUGAUAAUGGAUAGAAUGGAAAGCUUGGACAUUUGUUUAAAACUCAAUAGAGGAUGCAAACUGUUCAUCUAAGAUCAGUUGCAGUAAAAUGUCUUUUGGCACAUUUGUAGUUUUUUAGCCUUUGCUUCUUUCAUACUGCAACCUGGAACAUGUGUUUUUGCAUCAAUCUUUGGUGAAAUAGACAUUUAAAUAGUGACUUUCUUUCCGGUUGUCAUAGAAGUUCUGGUGUUCAGCUAGUAUCAGCGUGGGGAAAAUAGAAAAAAUAGUUUUUUAAAAAUUAUUUCACUAAGAAUGGCAUGUUGCCAUUGCACCUUGGAUAUUGCUUCAUCACUAACAAGAUGCUGGACCAGUAUUUUUGUAACUAUAUGCUGCCUUUGGUAGAAUGUUAUGGAAUUGUUGUCUUGACAAUUUAAAUGUCAUACAAGAGUCAUUACAUUUUGGUUUUUAUUAGGACCAAUACUCCACUUCUGUUUCUGCCACUUACAUUGCACAACAUUGUACUAGAUACUAUGAUGCAAUUCUGAAACUAGCCUUCCCUGAAAAUUAUAACUGUAAUUCAGAAUUUAAAUGCUUUGAUUCAAUCUGAUACACUGUAUUUUGUUCCAGUAUUUGCUAAUAUCUAUGGCAUAGCAAAGCCUGUGGUCACCACAGGACAGAAUGUGUGGGUUUUCUUGAAUAAAAUAUAGUUCUACCAUGUCUUCACUAGUGAGUGUAUUAUACAAACAAAACCUCUACCUGCUACUGACUGCUGUAUCUUUUGGGGUCUGUGGGGAGAGGAAUAUCUGUCCAGGUGUACAGAUGAAGAUUAAAGGACAAAUAGUUGGGGGAAAAACCAAAAAAGAAUUCAAGUAAAAGAAAGGGAAAGUGUUCUACUGAGUGCAUGGUCAAAUUCUUACUCUUCAUCUGUUAGUGUUAUUUAGAAAAAUAUGUUACACACAAUAAAAAUAGUGAGUAAUCUAA